CAAAAGCCAAUGGUGGAACAGAAAAAACGUUAAAAACUAUAACCAAAGAAUCAAAAUUCUUCCCUUUUUUUUAAUUUUUUAAUAAAAAAAUGAAAUCCCUUUUUAAAUUCAUUGGUUGCGAUGCUGAAAACGCUCAAAGAACGAUUUUUAGAUAACGAAGAAGCACCUCUUUCUCUCUCUCUCUAUCUCUCCCUGAGCAAAGAGAUUAUGAUAUAGAGAUAAGGAUGAAGAAUUUGUAAACAGUUUGAUUGAUUUUGAGGGAGAUGAUGGGUUUUGAAGAAGCUUAGAGCUGCUUUUAGCUUUUGAGCGAAAGUGAGCGAGUGAUCUGAUUAAUUGGUUUUUGUUGCGGAAUUCGACAGAAGAGUUGUUGGAUUUCAGAGAGGCGAUUCAAGAACACAAGCUGUUUACAAUGGUGUUCAGAGACACACUUAAGGAACCCAAACUGAAGGUGGAAGGGGCUGGUCGUGAUUCAACAAUAACUGUUAAUUUGCAGAACGGUGUUCAAGCUCAGUUUCCCGCGUACUUGGAGGAAGAUAUGGGAAUUUCCCAGAAAAAUUUGCAGUCAUUGGCUUCCAUUCUCUUAACUAGAAAUGUUAAUAACAAUAUUGGGAAGGGCUUGCUUGAAAGACAGAUGCUUGGUUUUGAUUUGGAGCAGAUAUCAUUAGAGGAAAUGGAACAUUCUCUGGCGGAAAGAACUGUAGAGAAUCGUGAUGUCCAAGCAUCGGAUGAUAGUUUUCUGCCAGGUCUUCAUGAAGAUACUGCACUGGAUAUCUUGGCUUGGAGCUGCAGAUCAGAUUAUCCAAUUCUGGCUUGCGUGAAUAAAAAAUUCAAAAAACUGCUUGGAAGUGGAUACUUAUACAGAUUGAGACGGCGGCUUGGUGUUAUUGAACACUGGGUUUAUUUAGCAUGUAUUUUAAUGCCCUGGGAAGCUUUUGAUCCCGUGAGGCAAAGAUGGAUGCGAUUACCUAGGAUGCCAUGUGAUGAAUGUUUUACUUAUGCAGACAAGGAAUCACUUGCAGUAGGGACUGAAUUACUUGUUUUUGGUCGUGAACUGUCAGGAUUUGCUAUCUGGAUGUACAGCUUGCUUUCUCAUGAAUGGGCUAGAUGCCCUCCAAUGAUCCUACCUCGUUGUCUGUUUGGUUCAAGUAGCCUUGGAGAGAUUGCCAUUAUUGCUGGGGGAAGUGACAAGAAUGGACGCAUUCUAAGAUCUGCAGAGCUUUACAAUUCUGAGCUGGGUGUAUGGCAGAAUUUGCCAGAUAUGAACUUGCCGCGAAAGCUGUGUUCAGGCUUCUUUAUGGAUGGGAAAUUUUAUGUCAUUGGGGGCAUGUCAAGCCAAACAGAAUGUUUAAGUUGUGGCGAGGAGUAUAACCUUGAGACAAGAACAUGGAGGAGGAUAGAAAACAUGUACACUGUUUCCAGUGCGGGUCAUCCUGCCAUGCGUUCUCCACCUCUUGUUGCUGUUGUAAAUAAUCAACUUUACUCUGCUGAUCAAGCAACAAAUGAGGUAAAGAAAUAUGAUAAGAUUAAUAAUACAUGGAGUGUUGUGAAGCAGUUGCCAGUGAGGGCUGACUCUUCUCAUGGUUGGGGAUUAGCAUUUAAAGCAUGUGGGAACAGCUUAUUAGUGAUUGGAGGGCAUAGGGGUCCUGAAGGUGAAGUUAUUGUGUUGCAUUCUUGGGAUCCACAGGAUAGAACUAUGCAUGGGCCAGAAUGGGAUGUACUUGCUGUCAAGGAGCGAGCAGGUGCUUUUGUCUACAACUGUGCGGUAAUGGGAUGCUAAUGCUUUGGAACAUACUUGUUUCUGGUGCAAACUUUGAUUUGUUUGCACAACCAAAUGCUUGAUUGGGAAGGUGACAAUUUUCUUGAUAUAAUUUUGUCGAAAAGUUUACAAUUUUAAUCUUGUAAUGUUUUUCUACUUUGGUGCUUAUUUAUUUUAUGGCAUUUAGCUAAGCAUAAUUGACGUUGACAUUGUGAAUUCAUAAUGAUUUAAUCUAUGCCAUAUUAUGUUC